AUGAUAGGGCGAAGAGGAAGUGAUGGAAGACCGGGAGAGAGAGGAGGACCUGGUGGAAGAGGAGAGAGAGGGUUACCAGGAGAACCAGGGCUUCAAGGAUUACAAGGUGUACCUGGAUUACCUGGACCAACGGGUCCUAAAGGAAGUACUGGCGACGCUGGGCGAAAUGGUGAAGAUGGAAAACCGGGUUUACAAGGCAUCAGUGGAAGUAGGGGAGGUCCUGGCAAUCCCGGUCUACCAGGUAUUGCCGGUGCCGCUGGAAAAGAUGGCGAAAGAGGCUCGACUGGCCCAAUUGGAUCACCAGGUUUUCCAGGACCACCGGGUAUAGCUGGGGCGAUUGGACCUCCUGGGAAAAACGGAGAGCCAGGAAAAACAGGAGAGGUGGGCAGUCCUGGACUUCCAGGACUUCCAGGUCAACGUGGAGUUCCAGGUGAAAGAGGACUUCAAGGCUUUCCGGGUCAGCAGGGAGCAAGAGGACCUGUCGGCAUCGCUGGCAAAGAUGGAGAAAACGGAUUGAUGGGCAUAAAAGGAGAACGUGGAAGCGCUGGACUUCCAGGCAUGACUGGUAUUCCUGGAGCAAGAGGAAGCGAUGGCAAACCGGGAAAUGAUGGUGAACAAGGUCCACCAGGACCUCCAGGUACACCUGGAAGAGCUGGGCGGGAUGGAAAAGAUGGAGCUCCUGGUCUCCCAGGCCAAACAGCAUUGGCUAGCACUGGAACAGGGAUAAAAGGUGCACAAGGUCCGCCUGGGUUACCAGGAAUUCCAGGGGCAGCCGGUACACCCGGUGGAAAAGGAGACAAAGGUGACAGAGGUGAAACAGGCGUUAUUGGAGCACCCGGACCGAGUGGUGAUGUUGGUAAACCAGGUCUCCGCGGUGAAAAAGGAGAAGAAGGUUCAGAUGGUGCGAUCGGACCUCCCGGUGAAUCAGGACCAGUGGGCAGCAGCGGACCACCAGGACCAAGCGGAAGUAAAGGCGAUAGUGGGGCACAGGGAGCCCCUGGAGCCCCUGGACCCCCUGGUUCUGCGGGUCUUCCUGGAAUCCAGGGCAUGCAAGGACCAAGUGGACCAUCAGGAAUUCAAGGUCCAAUGGGCAAGGAAGGACCAGUGGGACAAAGUGGACCGAUUGGUGAACCCGGAACAAAAGGAGACGCAGGACCAGCUGGACUGAACGGUGAACCGGGCGAAAAAGGCCAAAGCGGAGAUCAUGGACCUCCAGGCCCUCCUGGUCCACAAGGUGGUGUCGGUCCUCAAGGAGAAAGAGGGUUGUCCGGUUUGGCAGGUUUACCUGGACCACCAGGACCUCUUGGCCAACGUGGUGAAAUAGGAUUGCCAGGUCUGCCAGGUAAAGCUGGUGAAGCCGGUGAAAUUGGUUUAACUGGAUCUACCGGUCCACCGGGAACUCCUGGAGAUCAUGGCGAGCCCGGUCCCAUGGGUAGUGAUGGACCACCAGGACCUCCAGGCCAAAUUUUAUUAAUUAUGUCAGCUUAUUGUGAUACUGGUACAAAUGGUCAACCGGGUUCUCCCGGAUCAAUGGGACCGCAAGGACCUUCUGGUCCGCCCGGUCCUCUAGGAAAUCCUGGUGAACAGGGACCUCCAGGCUCUCAAGGAAAAGACGGACGAGAUGGUAAUGCAGGACCUAUAGGGGCCAAAGGAGACAGAGGAGAAACAGGCUUACAAGGCAUGAAUGGAAGAGAUGGGAAGGACGGAGAAAAGGGACGAUCUGGUGAUAAAGGCUGGCCAGGAUCACCCGGAUUGCCUGGAAAACCAGGUCCACCAGGUAUUCAAGGUGACCAAGGUCCACCUGGUCAAAAUGGAGCGCCCGGACAAAACGGACCUCAAGGAAUUCGUGGUGAAAGAGGAAGCACUGGACCGCUUGGACCACAAGGUCCUUCGGGAGUGCCAGGAAAAGACGGUUAUCCAGGUCAAUCGGGAAGUCAAGGUCCCCCUGGACCUCCGGGUCCGCCAGGUGAAGCCGGAAGUGGUGGUGGAUUUGAUCCAGGUUUAAUCGCAGCCAUGUUUUCGUCAUCAGGCAUGGUAAAAGGUCCUGUUUAUCCGCCGUUUCUGCCAGCACCGCUAACCCCCGAAACACUAGGAUCCCGACCAUCAGCAGAUGAUCCUGAAGUAACAUCUAAAUUGGAAAGAAUGCAAACAUUGUUUCAAACAAUCUCGGAUAAACUCAAAGAAGUAAAAAAAGUAUUGGGUACAAAAGAAAGUCCAGCUCGAACAUGUCGUCAACUGGCUGAAAUGUAUCCAGAAUAUAAAAGUGGCAAUUAUUAUAUCGAUCCAAACGAUGGUUCAAUAUUCGAUGCUAUAUUAGUUUAUUGCAAUAUACAAAAAAAAGAGAGUUGUUUAUUAAAUGCAGGAAAACCAGAUAAACGUUCAUGGACAACGCAUCCAUUAACCGAACACAAAUGGUUUUAUGAAGACAUUUCAAAUAGUAGUAUUGAUUUUAAAGUUGAUAAAGCUCAAAUAUCAUUUUUACAAUUACAAAGUACAAUGGUUCAUCAAACAGUAACAUACCAUUGUCGUAAUUCGAUUGCUUACAUGUCAUCUGAUAAUAGUUAUGAAAAUGCUGUAAAAUUAUUGACAUGGAACGAUCAAGUACUUCAUCCAAAUGCCGAGUAUCCACAUUUACGUUAUAAAGUUAUUCGCGAUGAUUGUAAAUUUCGAAAAAAUUCUUGGUCAACAAGUGUAUUUGAAUAUUCAACACGUAUAACACAAAGACUCCCAUUUUUAGAUAUUGCUAUCCGUGAUAUUGGUUCUCGUAAUCAAGAAAUUGGCGUUGAAAUUGGCCAAAUGACUGUUAUAUUGUUAAAAAUUGAACAAGCUCUAUUUCUGGCAUGUUAUCAAUGUUCAAUGAAAUAUUCGAAUGAAGAAUGUAAUAAUAACAAUUCAACGUACAGUACAGAAUGUCAACCCACAUUUGAUACUUGUAUGACAAUUGUACUUAAACCGGCUCUAUUAAAUCAAUUAUUAAUAACAAAAUAUUGUACAAAACGGGAAGCAUGUGAUAGACAAAAAAAUUAUACAGAAACUCUCACACAAUGUCAUCCAAAUGAAGAACGUAGCUGGGGUUGUACCGAAUUACCUUUAACGACUAAAUCUAUUCAAUUAGCAACAACAAAAACAACAAUAACAACAACAACAACAACAACAACAACAACAACAACGUCAGCCAAGUCUAUUAAGAGUACGACUGUUACAGUUAGUAGUACGACUGUUACAAUUAGUAGUACGUCCAGACAGCCUAAGAGAAUUACCACAAAAUUAGCAACAUUAUCACCAGUUGACGUUGGAUACACAAAUACAUCAAAAAGGGGAAAAACUGUCCUUUGGAUUCAAGGUCCUAAAGGCCCACCAGGCGCAGAUGGAUUACCUGGUAGUCCAGGAGCUUUCGGUGUGGUCGGUUUAGUUGAAGAUUUUAAUAUUCCAGGUGGCAAUUUUGUAGAAAUGCAACGAGUUGAAGAUAUUCGAAACAUUAUUCAACGACAGUUGCUUAGUCAUGUUUACAAUCCGUCACAAUUCCUCAAAGGGCCUUCAGCAUUAGCACAAUCUGGUGCACCAUACAUCCCCUACGCACAGAUCAGGACGGGAAAUCCGGGAUCAGCCGGACUGCAGGGAAUGAAAGGUGUGACUGGAAUUCAAGGUACACCCGGGAUGCACGGUUUACCGGGCGAGUCAGGUUUACCAGGUUACACUGGGAAACAAGGACAAGAUGGAGUGAAUGGGCUUCAAGGACCACCAGGCGAAGAUGGGAUACCAGGACAAAGAGGAAAACCGGGUGCGGAUGGUGCAAAAGGUUGGACUGGUCCAAAAGGUUCUAAAGGUGAGAUUGGAGAACGCGGCGAGAAAGGGAGUAUGGGACGGCAAGGACGUGAAGGAAAUCCUGGACCUCAGGGCGCUCGUGGUCCGAGAGGAGAAACUGGCAUCUAUGGUGCCGAAGGUCCAGUGGGAAUGCAAGGAAUUGGUAUGGGUAGUACGGGUGCUAUCGGACCGGCUGGUUAUCCAGGAACGAUGGGUUUGCCGGGAAGAAAAGGUGAAAUCGGUCCAAUGGGUAUUAAAGGAAUUCAAGGACCGAGAGGACCGAUAGGUAGCGCUGGUAUGAUAGGCGCUCAAGGAGCUCAAGGAUCGCAGGGGAAUCCAGGACCGAGUGGUCUGCCUGGAUCACAAGGUGCCAAAGGUCAAAAAGGAAUACCGGGAGAACAAGGCCAGGAAGGACAAAAGGGGUUGAGAGGAGUCAUUGGAGAUCAAGGAUUUAAAGGAGAGCAAGGUCCGAGAGGAUUUAAUGGACAGCGGGGUGAGCCGGGACAAAAUGGCCCUCCAGGCGAGACCGGAGUUCGAGGGAAACGAGGAGACACAGGUAGUCCAGGGAAAGCUGGAAAGCCUGGCGAAGAAGGACAGAUUGGAGACAGAGGAGUUUCUGGGAUUCAUGGUUCACCAGGUCCAAAGGGAUUCGUUGGCGAUGAAGGAAUAGACGGUAUGAGAGGAGAGAGUGGCUUACCUGGCGAGAUUGGAACAGUAGGACCAGCCGGACCGGAUGGACCUGCCGGUGAUCCAGGGCAUCAAGGGGCUGAUGGUGAACCUGGUCCGAAGGGACCAAUUGGAUUUCGGGGUAAUAAUGGACGGCGUGGAGACACUGGUCCGUCCGGAGAUAUUGGUCCUACCGGAAAUCGUGGAGAUACGGGGCCAAAAGGCAAUCAAGGCGCGGAGGGCUCUGAGGGUAAAGUAGGAAAAAAGGGGAACAAAGGUUUGCAGGGUGACGAAGGCAAAAUUGGCACCCAAGGCGUACAAGGAUCUCCGGGACCGCCAGGAGAGCGCGGACCGACUGGAGAACCUGGGCGUCACGGAGAAUCAGGUUUACGAGUACAGGGUACUAUCGGAAAGAUUGGGAAUCCUGGCUCACAGGGUCAACCGGGACCUCGGGGUCAAAACGGAGUUCGUGGACAAGCCGGGAAUGCAGGAGCCGUAGGACAAAUGGGCAAUGAUGGUCUACCAGGAAUGAAAGGUUUAAGAGGGGACAAAGGGGCUAUUGGUGGAAUUGGAAAUAUUGGCAUGCCCGGACCUGUUGGUAAUACAGGAGCACCAGGACCAGGUGGUGAAGUGGGUGCAAAAGGACGCACCGGUUUCCGUGGACCCCUCGGUUCUGCGGGGCGCACCGGUGAACGUGGAUAUGCAGGUGGCGAGGGUGUUCGUGGUGAGGUCGGAGCUAGAGGUGAAAAGGGAGAUAUUGGACUGCCCGGUGAAAACGGUGAUAUAGGAUUCGAAGGUCCUCCGGGUGAAACUGGUGAGCAAGGUACCCCGGGCUUAGUUGGAUUUAUGGGUCUACAAGGACAAUCUGGCAAGCAAGGUGAUCAAGGUUCGGUUGGAGCACCAGGAAAUGAGGGUUUGACGGGUGGUCAAGGAGAAUCUGGCACCAAUGGACAAAUGGGUCCAAUAGGAAUCGAAGGAAAUAAAGGGGACCGAGGUGAUCGAGGAGCAAUCGGCCAAAACGGAGAAAGAGGAGCACCGGGAAAAAUCGGUUCAGAAGGUUCUAGUGGACAAACUGGAAUCCCGGGAAGAACUGGUCCUCCUGGUCAACCUGGUCAAAAGGGGAUGGCGGGUGAUGUUGGAAUAGAUGGACGUCCUGGAGACGAAGGUCCAGUGGGUCUCAUUGGACAAACUGGUUUGAAAGGGAAAAAUGGAGAGACAGGACCUCCAGGAUCACCUGGUCCUAUCGGCUCGCCUGGUAACGAUGGAUCUCAGGGUUUACCGGGAGAUCGCGGAGAACCAGGAGAAACGGGAUUGCCCGGGACUGCUGGGUCGCCCGGUCAGGUUGGUGAUUUCGGCUUUGCAGGAAAGGAUGGAAAGCAUGGAGAAGAUGGUGAUCUUGGACCUGAGGGACAGGCAGCUCCUCGACAUGCACAAAGAGGGGAUGAAACACAUCUUUUGGAGUGUAAAUUGGCAUUUAGUUGGGGAUUUCCAC